AUGCCUCGAACAAAGGGAGUCACUGGUCAUGCUCCAAGUGAAGAGGACCUCAUUCAAAGUCUUGUCAACACAGACCUCUUUUUCUAUGCUGGACAUGGAGGUGGCGAGCAGUACAUGAGGAUGACCCAGCUCAUGAGACGAUGCUUCCAAGAUAACUUUAGACUUCCACCAGCAAUCUUGAUGGGCUGCUCUUCAGGAGCUCUUCAACGAUACGGGACGUUAGAGCCUUCUAGCAACAUAAUGACAUGGCUUCUAUGCAAAAGUCCCAUGAUUGUCAGUAACUUAUGGGACAUCACGGACAAGGACAUUGACGUUUUCAGCACCAGUGUACUUAGGAAAUGGGGUCUAGUAGAGAAUGACGGCGAUAGAAUCAGCAUUGCAAGUGCUGUCGCCGAGAGCAGAGAAUCGUGUGUUCUCAGGUAUUUAAAUGGAGCAGCUCCGGUUGUCCAUGGCCUACCACUUCGCCUAGAAUAA